AUCUCUUCGGCAAUCAGUCAAGGGCGGACUCCAGUUCUACUGACUUGAAGUUAUGGAAAAAUACUUUAAACGUACAUCUACGAUUUCCUGUGAUGAACAAAAUAUCGGCGAAAGGAAUGUUCGAAAGAAAAGGGAUGAAAACGAUGUUGGGGAUGUUGAUGUUGAUGUUGAUGUUGGAGAUGUUGGGGGUAUUGGAGACGUUGGAGAUGUUGAUGUUGGAUUUGGGGGUAUUGGAGACAUUGGAAAUGUUGAGGAUAUUGGAGAUGUUGGGGAUAGUGGAGGAAAUGUUGAGGAUAUUGGAGAUGUUGGGGAUAUUGAUGUUGCACAGCUUCCCUCUGAUCCUGGAUUGAGAGUUCCAAUACAGAAUUAUGAUGUUAAUAUUCGAGAUGUGAUUCAAAGAGCAUAUAUGCAAAGAGGUCCUUGUCAACCUCGCAAUCAUAUAUUUCCACCCACAAGAAUAGGUAAAAUAGACCGACGAUUUUGUAUUUCGUGGUAUAAUGAGCAUCCCACUUGGUUGGAAUACAGUAUAGCAAAGGAUGCAAUUUUUUGCUUUUAUUGUUAUCUUUUCGAUUUCAAUGAUGGUUUAUUUGUUAAAGGCGGAUUCUCAAAUUGGAAAAAGAAAGAAUAUAUAAGAAAACACGUUGGGGGCUUCAAGUAG